AUGGUAUACGAUGAUUGUGACUGCGGCAUCCACCCCUGUGACCUCACCCAGGAUGGAUAUGCUUGUACCUGCCUGCCUGGCUAUCAAAUGCUCGGGGUCAGCGCUGAAAAUGAGACCUGCAUUGACAUCGACGAGUGCCAGCAGCCAGAUGUCUGCCCCGGAGCCAGAUGUAUCAACAGACCAGGAACAUACUCCUGUCAGUGUCUGCCUGGGUACGAGGAACCAAGCUGCAUUGAUAUCAACGAAUGCCGCUAUGCCGGAUUCUGCCCUGAAGAGUCAGACUGUACCAACACAGAGGGAAGUUACUACUGUACCUGUCAUCAUGGCUUUCAUGGAGACGAUUGCCUUGAUAUUAAUGAAUGUCAGAACGAGACGUUGAACAACUGUGGGCCUGAUCAGCACUGUGUCAACUCAGAGGGAUCCUAUACUUGUUUGGACUGUACCAGGUACCAACAGAAGUGCUACGUCCUGGCCUAUCAGAUCGCUACCUUUGCUGAUGCCGAGCAAACGUGUGCAGAUUACGGUGGUAUCCUAGCAACCAUACCUGAUGUGGGUACUCAACUCUUCAUCACGCAGCUUGCGGGUAACUUGGACACCUGGAUCGGACUGGAUGACCGCCUAAAUGAAGGACAGUUCAUGUGGAGUGAUGGCACUGCUCUUGGCGCUGGAUACAGCAACUGGAGUCCGGGUGAGCCUAAUGACCUAUCGACGACCUCUGCUCAGGACUGUGUGCAUCUGUGGUCGCUGGCAGGGUUCCGCUGGGAUGACCAACCAUGCGACAGAAUGGAGCACUUUGUCUGCCAGUUUGACAUGUGAUACUGUAAAUGCAUUUAAGUUCGCGGGGAUUUAAUUUCGCGGUAGCGGGAUAAAGGACUUUUUGCGGCGGUUCUAAGUUCACCGUGUAGCACUGUAAAGUAGUCUCUUACUGCCAUGGAAAAAUGUUCGCGGUGGUUUUAAAUUCGCGGUGAAGUGGCCACCGCGAAAACCGCGAACAUUUCUGCAUUUACAGUAACCAAUCGCAAUAGUAUCGUUUA